AUGAGCCCGAUGGGUUGCUACUGCUUUGUGCACGGAGAAAUUGCUUUGGCAAAUCAUCUGACAACUUGCCAACCCAAUGAAGAUGCGCGUGAUUCUGUAAAAGUUUUCACAGUACAUAUGCAUGUAAUCCAAAACACGAGACAAGCGUAUCAUCGCUUUCAAUGCAGCUUCUACGGAUGCUCUUUGCUUCCACUUCGAGUUCAUCUUGCCACGAGGCAUCAAAUCGGAACGAAUGUUUUGCUUGAAAAAGGAGAAAGCUCAAAGGUUCUACUGACGAUUCGCAUGCAAUUCGAUCAGACGUUUGGACUCGUUAAUGGAAAAUUGCCUCGUCGAUCUCGUCAAUCACCGGAUGGAACCUCUAAUCCUACUACUAUGGAAAAGAUAAACUCCACAUCAGCAGCGAGAUCCGAAGAACCCAUGCAAACAACGCCUAUGGAUACAUCUAUGAUCGAAGAGAUAAAUGUAGCAAGCGAGAUCCAGGAGAACUUGCCGGAAGAAUUGGAACCACAAGAAGUCAUUCCAGCAACACGGUCAAAUCCAGAUAAUAAGCAAACAAGAAUUGCUGCAAACAACGAAGAAACGCUGACGGAGUCAAAUUUGGAUACUGUUAUAGCCAAACCGAAGAACGUUACAACUGAUGAUAUCCAGAGCACAUCAUCUUACCGAGGAAGAACAAAGUGUUCUGAAACGAAGAGUGUCAAUUGCUGUCAAUUUGACGUCGAUAUUGCAAGAACCGAUCCGAGAAGAAACAAAUUAUGUGGGGCCAAAGAUAAAUCUUCAAGCGCUAAGGACGCGGAUGAUGACGAUAUAGUACUUGUGAUUUGGAACAACCGCGAGGAGACGCAUAUGCAAGAGCGCGCUCUCAAGAAGCAGGAGAACAGGAACGUCAAAUUGAAGAAAUGGCAAGAUCGCGCCGAAGGCUGGAAAAAUACUUAUACGGCACAAGAUUUUGGACAUACCGUUGGGGAAGCGGACGAAGGAAAUCAAACAUUUCCGGAGGAGCAUGUGAUUAUCUACACUGAUGGUAGCUUCAAUGUACACGGUGGAUACGGUGGAAUCGGAAUGUUUUUGGGCAAUGACCACCCCCUGGAAUUGGGGCUUUCGAUGUGCAAUGGGCUGAAGUCUUCUUUUCUUGUGGAACUAUUUGCGAUUGUUGUGGCUCUUUGCAGAGUCUAUUGCUGGGGAGGAUAUCAAGGCCAGUCGAUUAUCCUAAGAACGGAUUGUAAGAAUUGUUUGACGGCAAUUGCAAAUCUCUACAGGACGGAGCCGAAGGGACUCGUGGGCAACGAUAGAAAAACUUUGGAAGCGGAUAAUGAAAAGAACUUGAAUUUUGUCAAGCACAUCCUUGGCAAAUUCCCCGCAGAAGUGGUCAUUCAAUGGGUCGAAGCCCAUUCGGAACUCGGACCCGCGUUGAAGCCCAAACAUCCAGGAAAUCACAAGGCUGAUGCUUUAGCCGUGGAAGCUCGAGUGCGCCUGAACCCAAAACAAUCCGCCCAAAACCCCAACCCUCGAGAACAUAAAGCUGCGUUUAAAGAAAGUGAACAUCAGUUCAUCAAGAAAAAAACAAAUGAGCCACUACUGCCAGAAAAGCCCAUGGCUUGGAAAUUUUUGCUUGAGGGCUUUGCAGAUGAAUGUUUUUGCAAAAAACAGCUCAAGGAUAUGAAAGAAGCAGAAGAUAACGAAGAAGAGAACAAAGACGACGACUACAAGCCCGAAACCAAACUCGGAAUUCAAUUUUUGUCAGGAAUUAAUGUG